GGAGGAGGCGGGAGAGUCGCGCGGCUCAGUGCCGGGGACCGGUGGAGGGGAGCGGAGCUGGUGCUGUCCACGCCGCCGCUGGUGCUGAACCCGGGAGGCGCCGGCCCCGCACGUGGGACUUGUGGAGGGCAGUGUGGGGGGCGGGGGAAAGCUCCGGAGUUGCCCCCAAACUGCUCGGCUGCCUCGGCGCUCCCCGGCGCGGCUGCGGAUCGUCUUUGCCGGCACACAACUAGCGCUCCCUGCACCUGCCUUGAGCCACGGCCGGCGCGGGUCGCUCCUCGGGGACUUACGUUAGGGGUUUUUCGUGUCUGGGGGAGCCUCGGAUCAGGAGGAGACCAGUAAGGAUGUAUAUGUGGUGGACAGCUGUUUUAUUUCUUGGAUGCAUUUUGUUGGGAGCAGAAGGGUGGCCAGCCAAGGACUUUAAGCCUUAUCAGCCUCUAGUAAGAUUACGCCACAAGCAAGAAAAGAACCAAGAAAGUUCAAGAAAUAAAGGUUACAUGGGUCAGGAUGGACCUCUUGGAUCUUGUGAAAAUAAAUACUGUGGUCUGGGUAGACACUGUGUUGUCAAUGGAGAAACUGGCCAAGCUGAAUGCCUGUGCAUGGAACAUUGCAAGCCUCACUACAAACCCGUAUGUGGUUCUGAUGGAGAAUUCUAUGAAAACCAUUGUGAAGUUCACAGGGCUGCUUGCCUGAAAAAGAAAAAGAUUACCAUCGUUCACAAUGAAGACUGCUUCUUCAAAGGGGAUAAGUGCAAAUCUCCUGAAUACAGCAAAGUGAAAAAUAUGCUGCUGGACCUACAAAACCGGAGAUACAUUGCACAAGCAAAAGAAAAAAUUAUAGAAGAUAAAAUAGCUCUAAAGAAAAUUCUGGUGGAUCAGAUGUUUAAUUAUUUUGAUUCUGACAGGAAUGGGCUUGUGGACAGUAAUGAACUAUCUCAGGUAAUAAAACGGGAUGAACUUGGCAAGGAUCUGUCUGACUGCUCUCUGUUCGAUCUGCUGAAAUAUGAUGAUUAUAACAGUGACAAGCACCUAGCUCUGGAAGAAUUCUACAGAGCAUUUCAGGUGGUUCAGUUGAGUCUGCCAGAAGAUCAGAAAAUAAGUAUCACCGCAGCAACAGUAGGACAAAGUGCUGUCCUUAGUUGUGCCAUUCAAGGAACCUUGAGACCUCCCAUCAUCUGGAAGAGGAACAAUGUCAUUCUAAAUAACUUAGAUUUGGAAGACAUCAAUGAUUUUGGAGAUGAUGGGUCCUUGUACAUUACUAAGGUUACCACUACUCACAUGGGAAAUUACACCUGCUAUGCUGAUGGCUAUGAUAAACUGUAUCAAACUCAUAUUCUCCAAGUGAAUGUUCCACCAGUAAUUCGAGUCUAUCCAGAAAGCCAGGCCAGGGAACCAGGUGUGACAGCUAGUCUCCGAUGCUAUGCUGAAGGUAUCCCCAGUCCACAACUUGGUUGGCUGAAGAAUGGAAUUGACAUUACUCCAAAGUUAUCCAAACAGUUAACUCUUCAAGCAAACGGCAGUGAAGUUCACAUUAGCAAUGUGCGCUAUGAAGAUACGGGAGCAUAUACUUGUAUUGCAAAGAAUGAAGCAGGAGUGGAUGAAGACAUUUCUUCUCUUUUUGUAGAAGAUUCGGCUCGGAAGACCCUUGCAAACAUAUUGUGGCGAGAGGAAGGUCUGGGAAUUGGGAACAUGUUUUAUGUUUUUUAUGAAGAUGGAAUCAAAGUGAUACAGCCAGUAGAAUGUGAAUUUCAGAGACACAUUAAGCCCAGUGAAAAACUCCUUGGGUUUCAGGAUGAAGUUUGCCCCAAGGCUACAGAGGAUACUAUUCAGCGGUGUGUGUGGGCGUCUGCUGUUAAUGUAAAAGACAAAUUCAUUUAUGUGACUCAGCCCACUUUGGAUAGAGUGCUCAUUGUUGAUGUACAGUCUCAAAAAGUUGUGCAGGCAGUAAGUACAGACCCAGUACCAGUGAAACUGCACUAUGAUAAAUCACAUGAUCAGGUAUGGGUGCUCAGCUGGGGAAGUAUGGAUAAGAAUUCACCAACCCUACAGGUAAUAACACAGGCCAGUGGGAGUGUUUCUCACCACACAAUCCAUACACAGCCAGUGGGAAGACAGUUUGAUAGAGUGGAUGACUUUUUCAUUCCUAGUACAACCCUCAUCAUUACCCAUAUGAGGUUCGGAUUUAUUCUUCAUAAAGAUGAGACUGUACUCCAGAAAAUUGAUCUUGAAACUAUGUCAUAUAUCAAGACAAUUAGUUUAAAGGAUUAUAAUUGUAUUCCUCAGUCUCUGGCUUAUACACAUCUUGGAGGAUAUUAUUUUAUCUGCUGCAAGCCUGAUACCACUGGGGCUAUUCUACCACAGCUUAUAGUGGAUAGUGUUACUGACAGUGUGAUUAGAUAUAAUGGUGAUGUGACAGGCACCCCAUAUAUCUCUCCAGAUGGGCACUACCUUGUCAGCAUUGAUGAUAUAAAAGGUCUCAUGAAGGUCCAGUCCAUUACAAUUAGAGGAGAAAUCCAGGAUGCAUUUGACAUUCACACUAACUUGCACAUAUCUGAUGUGGCUUUUCAGCCAUCGUUUACUGAAGCCCAUCAGUACAAUGUCUAUUGUAGCUCCAGCUUGCAAACGGAUGUGUUGUUUGUAGAGCUCGCCUCUGGCAAAGUUAAGAUGGUGAAGAGCCUUAAGGAGCCUAUAGGGGCAGAAGAAUGGCCUUGGAACAAUAAGAACCGGCUUAUCAAGGACAGCGGUCUCUUUGGCCAAUACCUUAUGACACCUUCCAAGGAAUCCCUCUUUAUCCUGGAUGGACGGCUCAACAAGUUAAAUUGUGAAAUCACUGAAGUUGAGAGAGGCAACACAGUAAUUUGGGUUGGAGAAGCAUAAGGAACCAUGCUAGAUGAUAAUGGAACAAAAUAGUUUUACAGUACAUUGCACUUAACACCAUUCUUUAAAUUUCCAGUUUUCCUUUGAAAUGAUUAGACCCGUCUAUAUUUGUCAUUGUUUUGGCUAAGAUACAAGUUGAUAAACACUUUAACAUAAAAGAUACUAAAGAUACUAAAAGUGGAAUUUCUCAGAAAAAAUAUCUACUACUAAUGACCAGCUAAGAUAGCAUUGAUUGAUUGGAUUCAAUAUAGAAAAUUAUGAUUAAUAUCUUAAUAGGCCAAUUCUAAAGUCUCAUUAUAAAAAAUAUAGAAUAGUUCAAAGAAGUGAAAAAAAGAAAAAAAAUCAAAUCAGGGAAUAUCAAAUGUCUUGGUAUGAUCCAUUGCAUAUAAAAAAAAUCACUCUAAUUUUGAUUUGGUUUGCUUUGAAUAUGAAAUAAGAGGUGUUGUGCAACUUUAGACUUCUUAAACUGAAAUGUUCUGUCCUGUCCUGUCCACUGUUUAAUCUUUUUGUGCCUUGAAGGGAAUGUCUCACAAGGAAGUGGAAGAGUAAAAAUUGUAUACUUUAUUCCCAUUGUGGCUACAGGAUUGCGUGUCACUGAAAAGAAGCAUUUAGUAUCUCACAUUUUAGUCACAAUCAGGUUGUGGAACAUAUUAAGGAAAAAAGGGAAAAUUAUAUUCGCAAUGUCUUCUGUAUUGCUUCUUGAUCACUACAGUUUGAGAAGUUUAUUUUUAUUGUGAGUUUUAGUUCCAAUGCUGUCACUUGCUUGCAGAAGUUUUAUCUUUUUAUUUUUUCUUAGCAGCAAUAGGUGUUACGCUUUUUCAGAUUUCAUAGGGUUGCAUCAAGAGGGUAUUUCAGUUCU